UUGUCCAAAUGGUCUCGCGGUCCUCGUUUGAAACGCUGAGUCGACUCGACAUUGUUCCUGUUAACAACGAUUUACCGCGAGCUGUAACGUUUGCAACCCGGAGAGAGACAAAGGAGGCAUUCUAAUCGGCAUCCACUUGUUUUGAAUUCCACGAUGGCAGAAGGGGGAGACGUGGAGUGGGAGCUGAGCAAAGAAAACAUCCAGCCGCUGCGGCGGGGCAGAGCCAUAUCCGCCCUCCACCAGGCGCUCAGCCAGCAGCAGGAUGGACUGAGCUCUGCCGUCAACCACCAGAGACAGGGCUUUGAGUCCGAGCUGCGGAUGUAUGACGGAGAGGAUCCGCUAGAUGUUUGGGAUCGGUAUAUUGAGUGGACAGAGCAAACCUUCCCUCAAGGGGGAAAAGAAAGCAACCUCUCCACGCUGUUGGAGCGGGCCGUGACCAAAUUCACAGAGGAAAGGAAAUAUCACGAGGACCCUCGCUAUGUUGAACUCUGGAUAAAAUUUGCAGAGCACUGCCCGGAGCCCUUGGACAUUUACAGGUACAUGCAGGCUCAGGGAAUAGGAGUGACGCAGGCAUCCCUGUACAUCGCUUGGUCUGAAGAGUAUGAAAAUCAGGGCAACUGUCGCAAAGCAGACCUGGUCUACCAGGAAGGGUUCAAGAAGUUUGCGGGGCCGCAUGAUAAGCUCCUGCAGUUUCAUAAGGCUUUGCAGGCGCGCGUGUCCCGACAGGUAAUGAUGAAUGUGGAGGAGGACAGCGGUGACGAUGAGCCGAAAGCACCCGAGAGAGUUUCUCUGGCCGAAUUCAAACGCAGAGGGAAGAAAAAAGCCGUCGCCCCCGUCAACAGAGUUGGGUCGUCAAUUAGAAGUAUCUCUGGAGGAGUGCAGUCGCUCGGUGCCCCUGUCCUCGGCAACGCCGCAAACAGUCGUUUGAUGGUCUUUGACGAGAACAAGACUCAAAGUGCUGGCCCUUCAGAGCCUAAGUUGGAGGCUUGGGCGGCCCCUCCCCCUGCAAAGGCAAAGGAGAACGAGCAAAAUCCAGAAAAAUGGGUUGAUGUGAAGAUCCCCCAGAAAUCCAAAUUUGGACACACUGUUAUGGCCCCCCCGCCUCCCAAACCCACGUUCCAACCAUUUGUUGAGGAGUCAGACCAGCUUCCAACAAUGACUCCUUGUAAGAUAAACCCGGCGGUGAACACGGUGUUAUCAGCGCGUAAAGCCUGCAGAGAGGAGACUCCUCUAAAGAGACUCCAGGAGCACCACCAGCAACAGAAGGAAGCGGAAUCAGGAACACCGCGGGAGCAGAGCAUGUACUGUAAAGAGCUGGUGCUCGGCGGCGCCACGGAGUUCUGCUUUGAGGAACUGCGCGCCGAACGCUACUUCAAAAAGAUGAACCAGGAAGGAGGUCGAAAGGACCCGACGGGAGUCAGCGCUUCAAACUGAUGCAUCGAAAAAGACUUUCUACCGUACCUUGGAUAUCACCUGCAAGUAUCAUGUAGCUAACGUGUGCGUAGUACUGUAUAUGCGUGGGGCCCAGAGAAAAGUCAAAAAGAAAUGAAGAAAAACUUUUUUUUGGAAGCUCUUUAAACCGAAGGUGCAGUUUAGUGGUGUUGGAUUCAUUAGAACGACGGCGGAACCAAAUAAUGGGAACACUUGUUCAAUGUAACGUGAUCCAUUACAAAUCACCCUGAACUGCAAAACUGAUAACGGCCUGGGUAGAGAAAAAAGAAAGUCGAAGAAACUCCACAGUAAUAUUUGAGGCCCUACUGGAUUUGUAAUGCGUCUACUUGUAAAUACUCAAUCGACUAGUUCACCACAGCUCGGUAACAGACGCACUUCCCCGUUACUCCAUUUGUCCAUUUUUCUUAACUGCUUUGUUCUUAAGAACAGUGUUUUUCUUUGUAUAUGCUGCCUUUUUUUUUUUUUUUUUGUUGAUCUGUCUCGUUUCGUAUUUCUUGAAAAGAUGUUUCACUACAUUUUGAACGCAGACGGCUUCGGCGAUGUGAUCCCGUCUGGGUUUAACGUCUCCGUCUGGGUGAAGCGUCCCCUCCAGGCCAUGUAUCACCGCUGUUCAAUAAACCUGUUAAAAUGUCUGGCUGA